CCUGUCGGUAGAGAUGGUGGAUCCAGGGCAGAUGGCACUUGCAGAGCGUUGGACAACUUCACGGGCCGUUCUUCCUGGGAUGCCUGGGAAUAGUUGUUAGAUUCGGGACUUUGGUGGCUUGCUCUCGCCCAUUUUCGCCAUGGCCAUCGUCCAGCCGGAGCCUCUCCUGCCACCAGUGAUCACAGAGGAGUUCUCCAGCGCUGUGGUGCACGACUUGAUUCAACAUGGCUUUUGCAAGCUCCGCGUGCCUGAGUUGGAACAGCCAGCGCUGGUCGUGGAGACGGCGCAUCAGCUCACCGCAGCCACGUUGCCUCACUUGGAGCUUGAGGAGGGUGUUCUAGGGCGACGCUCCAAAAGCAAGGCCUAUUUCUUGGACCGCUUCGUGGAAGAGGCACCUGAGCCUUUGGCCGGUUGCAUCCGCCGCAUGACCCAGCUGGCCGAGGCCGUCGGUCCAGGCUUUAGCCGCGAAGUGGGCUUUCAGCCACUGCUGGGUUUGCAGCAGCUUUUGCUGCGAGAGCCACUGCAACGCGGGGAGCGACGUUUGCUGAGCCCUGGUCCGCUCACUGAAGAGGAAGUCGAGCAAGGCUACGUGGAACAGUAUCUGACUUUCCUGCAGUCUCGGCGGCUUUGCUUCCUCUACAUCGUGCAGGCAGCAGCAGAGAACUACGUCGAGCUCUUCCAGCAGGGUAGCAAGACGCCAACCAAGGUGGUCUUGGGAAAGGAUAGCCUGGUGAUCUUCCGCCACGACCAGUUCUCUUAUUCUUACCAAGGCUCUGGUGUCGCCCUGCAGGGCUGGCUGGUGGCCUUGCGAGACCGCUUCGAUCUGGAGGGCCUCGAGGGGGAUUACAGAGGUAUGGAGGAAGUUUAUGGUACACCGAUGAUUCAAGGUCAAGCCGUUCCUGCUGGAGAGCAAGUGAACAUCAUGAGCAUCGCUCCGAUGUUGCCUGGCCGAGUCAAUAACCUCAAGGCUCAUCAUCUCAUGUUCUCUGCACAGACUGACACCUUCCUGGAGCUUCCAGCUCUACGAUUCGACGUGGCCACAUAUUAUACGGACGAUCCAGAGGGCGACCCGAAUGCAAGCUCGAAAGCCUACACCAAGCAUGCGGGAGUGUUUCCGGAUGACGAGAUUUUGGGCUUUGAUGCUCGCUUCUUUGGCAUUCCGGAGAAACAGGCGCAUUUGUGGCCACCCUGCUUACGCUUGUGCCUUGAAAAGUGCUACGAAGCUGCGCAACUGCAAGGAUAUUCCAGAGAGACCUUGCAAGGCCAAAACAUGGCUUUGUACAAUGCUGACAUUGGAAACGAGUUCGAUCCAUUUAUGGGCAUCGAAACGGAUCCCGACAACUGGGCUCAGGGCAGGUUACUGUCACUGCCGUCCUCAGGGAUUCUGUCCUAUCAUUUGGGAUUGAAAGGUCCAAGCUUGUCGAUCGACACGGCUUGCUCAUCCUCUUUAGUCGCGAGCAAUCUCCUUUACAACUACCUGCGCAAACGGCCAGAUCCGACAUUAAAAGAGGCCAUUUGUUCUGGUAUGCUCAAUUGCCUGUCCGCAGGGUCAUUUGUGGGUCUCUCUCAAGCCGGCAUGUUGGGCCGCACCGGGCGCUGCAAGUCCUUCGACAACUCGGCCAACGGCUACGCCCGAGGGGAGGCGGUGAUUGGAAGCGUUUGGAAGGUCGGAGAGGAGGCUCAAGAUGUGGAAAAUCGGCAGGCCAACUUCGUUUCGGGCUUUGUCAACCAGGAUGGCCGCAGUGCCUCGUUGACCGCGCCCAAUGGACCCUCCCAGCAGUUGUGCAUCCGAACCUCCCACCGCCUAGCACAGAUUCUCCCAGCCGAGAUUUGGACCACCGAGAACCACGGCACGGGCACCGCUCUGGGAGAUCCCAUUGAAGUGGGAUCAGUGCGUGCAUGCUUCUCACGCGGCAGGGAGGUACCACUGGUGGUGACCACUGGGAAGAGCCACCAGGGACACUCAGAAGCUACAGCAGGGCUCAGUGGCAUUACCAAGGUCGUGAACACCCUCAGGGCCUCCGUCGCACCGUCGCAGAACCAUUUGAAAUUCUUGAACGCCCACAUCGACGAUGCUGGUUUCGUGGCUCAUUUUCCAAUUGAGUGCUGCGAGCUGUAUGUGGGAGAGAAAGGAGCUCUUGGUGGUUUGAAUUCCUUUGGCUUUGGUGGCACCAACUCCCGUGGCGAAAUUUGGGCCAUGAGCCGCGAUGUGCAGCGCCGUCGUGCACAGCAGGCCCUAGGGCGCCAGCGCCAGGCCGAGGCCCAGGGAGCCAAGGCCAUCGCAGCAGUGACGGUGCCCUGCGCCAGCUGUGGCGAGCCCAUGUGCUUCCGUUGUGGAAUGGCCAUGUCAGAACAGGUGAAGAACCAUCGGUGUGGAGAUAUUCGGGAAGAGGUGGGAUCCUAUGACGUAUGCAGCAACUGCUACCAAGGCAGCUUUCAUUAUCAAAGCCUGGUGGACUCCUGAAGGAUCCGAUUCGGCUCGGCAUCCCACGCAGCGCCCGGCUUUUCUGCUGCGGCUUUUUAGGCCGAUCGUGGUUUUCUGGGCGGUUUUAGACCGAAGCAUCUCGCGCGCCACUGCUUCCAACAAAAGAGACGCUUCCAGUUUUGGAUCUCAUUGAUGAUCUUUGGAUGGAUUGGAUGCUGCAUGGAACAAUUAUUAUUGGUUUUGAUGAUCUCACGAUCUUGUUACAAAAAGCGCACAGAUUGGCUUGAUUGCACUCUGCCAGUCUUUCUAGGCAUUUCGUUCGCCAAUCGAGCAUCGACGUCCCAUGCCAACAUGAGGAUUAUCAGUAAAUAAACUGGGCGAAGUCACGUGGACUCUUGAGACACGAGUCGUGGAAGGCUGGGUGGCGAGAGAGCGACUCGCCAUGUGAACGAGAGGAAUGUCAGCAAUCACCCUUUCUGAGAAGUGGAGAUUGGUCGAAACAGAAGCCCCACAAAGGGCCUGGUGAAACCAAGUUGCAGUACUUACAUGUAAUGUUCAUUGCAGCACAAACCCCG